GUGUUUUUGGCGGGUUGCUCUGCGGGGGUCGGCCAUCUUGGAUGAGGUCAGCCCCUCUUUCAUCCAUUCAAGCGGAGGCCGGGACUCUUCUCCCGUUUUCCCCGGGAUUUAAGUAUCUCACUCCCCGGGCUCAGAGACGCCGGUUCCUCCGCCCGCUCCGGAAAGCACCCAUGGCCUCCUCCACGCCGCUCUCCCCGACGCGGAUCUCGCGGCUGCGGGAGAAGCAGGACCUGCAGCAGCUCAACGACCGGCUGGCGGUGUACAUCGAGCGGGUCCGCGCCCUGGAGCUGGAGAACGGCCGGCUGCAGGUCAAAGUGUCCGAGAGGGAGGAGGUGACCACCCGGGAGGUCUCCGGGCUGAAGUCCCUGUACGAGGCGGAGCUGGCGGACGCGCGCCGGGUCCUGGACGAGACGGCGACGGAGCGGGCGCGACUGCAGAUCGAGCUGGGGAAGGCGGAGGCGGAGCUGGAGGAGGCGUCCAGGAGCCUGAAGAAGAAGGACGGCGAGCUGGCGGCGGCGGUGGCGCGGGCCGGCGCCCUGGAGGGACGCCUCAACGCCAGCGAGGCCCAGCUGGCCACGGCCCGGAGCCGCGGCGCCGCGCUGGACUCCGAGAACCAGGACCUGAAGGCCUCGCUGGCUAAGGCGGAGGACGGCCUGGCCGUGGCGCGGCGCCAGCUGGAGGCGGAGACCCUGAUGCGGGUGGACCUGGAGAACCGCUGCCAGUCGCUGGGGGAGGAGCUGCAGUUCCGCCAGAGCGUCUUCGACCAGGAGCUGCUGGAGUCCCGCCGGGCCGCCGCCGCCGCCGCCGCCGCCGCGGAGCCCGACUCCGGGGGGGCGGGGCGGGACCGCGAGCCCGGGUUGGCCCAGGCCCUGCAGGACCUGAGGAGGCAGCACGAGGAGCAGGUGGCGGUCUACAAGGCGGAGCUGGAGACCGCCUUCCGGGCCCGCCUCCAGAGCGCGCGGUCCUCGUCCCGGGCCGAGGACCGCGCGGCGUCCUCGGCCCGGGACGAGCUGGAGGACGGCCGGGCGCGGGCGCGGGGCCUGGCGCUGCAGCUGGACGGCCUGCGGGAGCGGCUGGCGGCGGCCGAGGGGCGGGCGCGGGAGCUGGAGGCGGGGCUGGAGGCGGAGCGGGGGCGGGGCCGGCGGGCCCUGGAGGAGAGGGAGGCGGAGCUGGCGGCGCUGCGGGGGAGGAUGGACGCCCGGCUGGCCGAGUACCGGGACCUGCUGGACGUCAAGCUGGCGCUGGACGUGGAGAUCGGCGCCUACCGCAAGCUGCUGGAGGGGGAGGAGUCCCGGCUGCACCUGUCGCCGUCGCCCCGGGCGGCGGGCUCCGCCCGCUCCAAGCGGCGGCGCGUGGAGGCGGAGCCAGAGGAGGAGGAGGAAGAGGAGGAGGAGGAGGAGGGGGCGGAGUCUAGCGGCGGGGUGGGCGUCGCCCCCGCCGACCCGGAGGGGAACUCGGUGACCCUGGUGAACCGCACCGACCAGGACGUCCCCCUGGGGAACUGGAGGCUGAACCGCCAGGUGGACGGGGGGGACCAGAUCUCCUACCGCUUCUCCCCCAAGUUCGUCCUGGCGGCCGGCCGCUCCGUCACGGUGUGGUCGGCCGACUCCGGCUCCGCCCACCGGCCCCCCUCCGACCUGCUGUGGAAGAGCCAGGGCUCCUGGGGGACGGGAAGUGACGUCGUCACCACCCUGAUCGACGGCGACGGACAGGAGGUGUCCAGGAGGAGGACCGUGUCCCAGGAGGAGGAGGAGGCGGAGCAGGAAGUCCAGAUGGAGGCGCCGGCGUCCCGAGACUGCGCCGUCAUGUGAAGACUCCGCCCCCCCUUUCAUGUUUUCUACUCAAUAAAAAUGUUUUUUUUUUUUUU